AAGAAGGGUUCGGUUCCGGGCCGCGCGGCGUCAUGGAGUCGCUGUGGCGGCUGAAGCGGUUCGACGCUUUUCCGAAGACUCUAGAAGAUUUUCGGGUUAAGACGUGCGGGGGAGCGCUGGUGACGGCAGUUAGCGGGCUCAUCAUGGUGCUGCUUUUCUUCUCGGAGCUGCAGUACUACCUCACCAAGGAGGUUCAUCCAGAAUUAUACGUUGAUAAAUCAAGGGGAGAUAAACUGAAGAUCAAUCUAGAUGUUAUUUUUCCACAUAUGCCUUGUGCUUAUUUGAGCAUUGAUGCAAUGGAUGUAGCAGGAGAGCAGCAGCUGGAUGUAGAGCACAAUCUGUUUAAACAACGCUUGGAUAAAGCUGGGAAUCGUGUAACUCCAGAGGCUGAGAGACAUGAGCUGGGAAAAGAAGAAGAAAAAGUGUUUGAUCCAAAUUCUUUGGAUGCUGAUCGCUGCGAGAGCUGUUAUGGGGCAGAGUCAGAGGACAUUCGGUGUUGUAAUACCUGUGACGAUGUCAGAGAAGCAUACAGGCGGCGAGGCUGGGCCUUCAAGAACCCAGAUAGCAUAGAGCAGUGCAAGAGGGAAGGGUUUAGCCAGAAAAUGCAAGAGCAGAAGAAUGAGGGCUGCCAAGUGUAUGGUUUCCUAGAGGUCAACAAGGUAGCUGGAAAUUUUCACUUUGCACCAGGAAAAAGUUUUCAACAGUCUCAUGUACAUGUUCACGAUCUGCAGAGCUUCGGACUUGAUAAUAUCAAUAUGACGCACUAUAUCAAACAUCUCUCAUUUGGAAGGGAUUAUCCAGGCAUUGUGAACCCUCUGGAUGGAACAGCCAUCACUGCACAGCAAGCUUCUAUGAUGUUUCAAUAUUUUGUCAAAGUGGUCCCCACUGUGUAUAGGAAAGUAGAUGGUGAAGUGGUAAGAACUAACCAGUUCUCAGUUACACGACAUGAGAAAAUAGCAAAUGGGCUACUGGGAGACCAGGGUCUGCCUGGUGUCUUUGUGCUGUAUGAGCUUUCACCCAUGAUGGUGAAGCUGACAGAGAAGCACAGGUCCUUUACUCACUUUCUCACUGGAGUUUGUGCCAUUGUUGGAGGCAUAUUUACAGUUGCCGGUUUCAUUGACUCCUUGAUCUAUCACUCAGCACGUGCCAUCCAGAAGAAAAUUGAACUUGGGAAGACAACAUAAAUAAGCAAUGGCAUCAACCCAUUUAAAAACAAACAAACCAAAACCAAACAAACAGACAAACAAAAACAAACAAAACAAAGUAAUCCCCUCCAGCCUCCAAGGAGAACCGAACAGGCUCUUUGAAGCACAAGUGGUCUUCUGAGAGUGCACAGGAGAAGAUGUUUGGAACUUCCGCAUGGCCCUAACCACUCAUAUGCCCUGAUUCUUUGGCCUUAGUUUGUGGAUGGAACAACUUGAGCCUUGCUGCUAUAUAAAGAUUAGAUAUCACAUCUGGCUCUGCAGGCCCUACUGUCACACUCUUUUUGUGUCAGUCCAUGUUCCUCCAGUUCUGUUCCCAUUCCCAACAGAGAUGCUGGAGAUACUGCAUUCAGUUUGCCUCUAGAAAUAAUGUAGUUUAUUGUCAAGAGACCUGUAAUGGAUUGAAGUUGCCAUGAAAUAAGCUUUCUAGCAACACCAUCAGGGAUUUUUAAUUUUUCCAUAAAAUGUUUCUGGGUGUGCUGAUGCUGUAUGUCAGACCUUUGUAAAAAUGUGCUGAAUCCCAUCUAUUGCCUUCCAGCCCUCCUGGAAUGCAUGGGGCGCCUAGGCAUUUGGGAUGUACUUUCUGUGCUGGGGGAGCUCCCAGUUGUUCUUCUGAAAGUUGCAAGUUGAUGUUUCAGGGAAAAAAAAGGUGUCCAGAAUUUUAAUUGAUUUUUAAUUGGAUUUUUUUUUUAUUUCCCCUUAGUAUAUAUUUUCAAAUAAAGUUCAUCCUCUCUUGUUCUAGUAAGGCAUGUGGAAGAAUAAUUAAAUUAUUUUAACUAGUUCUGAUACUAAAUUGGAAAUAAGAAUUAAAAGACACCUUGCAUUGUGGCAAAGU